UUUAACGAUUUAUUUAUAUUGGGAUUGGAUGGCAGGCGGUGCUAGGGGAAGGGGUCAAGGUCAGCAUAGGAUGACUCCCUCUCCGUUCCGACGAGGCGACGACUCUCUUUCACUUCCCUUCCCACCCUCCUAACUUCCUUCUCUCCGGAUUCGCCAAUUUCAUUUCAAUUUCAAUUUCAUUUGUUUAAUUGCUGCGUUCCAAAGUGUUCAAUGGGAACUCCCGAAUUCCCAGAUCUGGGUAAGCACUGUGCUGUCUCCGAUUGCAAGCUGAUCGAUUUCUUGCCUUUUACCUGCGAUCGCUGCGACCAGGUGUAUUGUUUGGAGCACAGAAGCUACAUUAAACAUCAGUGUACAAAAGCUGACAAGCGAGAUGUCACUGUAGUUAUAUGUCCACUUUGCGCCAAAGGAGUUCGCCUAGUUCCUGAUCAAGAUCCAAACAUAACUUGGGAGAAUCAUGUCAACACUGAGUGCGACCCAUCAAACUAUGAGAAAGUCACGAAGAAGAAGAAAUGCCCUGUCCCUGGAUGCAGAGAGAUAUUAGUAUUCUCAAACACAAUUAAGUGCAGGGACUGCACAGUAGACCAUUGUUUAAAGCAUCGGUAUGGACCCGAUCAUAAAUGUCCUGGUCCCAAAAAUUUGCAAACUAGUUUUUCAUUUAUGAAUAUUUUGAAUGGGAGUAAGAAGGAGGGGUCCAAACCCAAGUCAAGUUCAAGUGCAUCAUCUAAAUGGACUACAAGCUUUCUUAAUACGGCAUCUAACAUUCGAGCUUCAGCUGAGGCUGGCGUAUCAAAGUUGAGUGGUGAAAUUAACCAAGCCUGGCAGACAGCAAGAGGAGCGGUUGGACAGAGCCAUAAUGGUGGUCAAGUGGAGCAAUGUCCUCAGUGUGGUGUCAAGUUUUCCUCGGUUACUACAUUGGUGGACCAUGUGCAAAACUUUCAUGAAAGGAGUGGCAACCGAUCUGGAGCAAAGGUUACAAUUGAUGUUUGUCCAAAGUGUAGUAGAGGAUUUCGAGAUCCUGUGUCGCUUGUGGAGCAUGUUGAGAGGGAUCAUGGUGGGAGUUCUAGAGCAUAGGUAUGUUGAUAUUGAUUAUUGAAUGAAUUUUAAGUUAAAGGAAUUUCAUAUCUUUUGCAAGAAAUGGCAUGGAUGAAUAUAGCAACCGAAUUUAAUUGGAAUACAUUGAGUGUAAACAUUGUCAUUGAAUCAUGGUUUAGCAUGGGAUUAAAAAUUGUUGGUUUUUGUGAUAA